ACUUGUCAAGUUUAGCUUCCGCUGCCACUGUAGUCGAGUGUAAACCUGCUCCUGCCAGACGAAAUACGAAAUAGAAUAGAAUAGACAAAAGUAUUCGGCUUGAGUUGGUCGUGCGGCAAGUGCACUAACAGUUUUAAUCAUUAGUGAGUAGCUCGGGGUGUGAAGUGAUUUUUUAAUAAAUUUUAGUCAAUAUGAGCUGGCAGGAUUACGUAGACAAACAACUCUUGGCCUCAAGAUGCGUAACAAAAGCCGCUAUCGCUGGACAUGACGGAAAUGUGUGGGCUAAGUCAGAGAAUUUCGAAGUAUCUAAAGAAGAGCUAGCAAAAUUAGUGCAAGGCUUCGAGAAACAAGACAUCCUCACAUCCUCCGGCGUCACCUUGGCCGGCAACCGAUACAUCUACCUCUCAGGCACGGAUCGCGUUAUUAGGGCGAAGCUUGGAAAAGUUGGCGUACACUGCAUGAAAACGACGCAAGCUGUCGUAGUUUCCUUAUAUGAAGAUCCUAUCCAACCACAGCAAGCAGCGUCAGUGGUAGAAAAGUUAGGUGAUUACUUAAUUACCUGCGGUUACUAGAGGUAGUGUGGGCCGCUGUAAGCAGCCAUGCCGCGCGGCUUAAAAUUUAUUAUAUUAUCAAUAAGUUGUAUUUUUUUUUUUCAAAUAAUAACAGCGAAUCGGCAAUGUGUAUUCCGAGUACAUCAUUAAGUUUGUGAACAUUCUCAAGGAACAUUGAUUUCCUUUUUCUUUGUCAAAAAAAAACAACUACAACAAAAAAUAUCAUCCAUCGAUUAGUCGUCAUGCAUUAUGAAUUUUUGAGGUUAUGUUAUAAGAUUGAGAGGAAUCAAAAUUCAAGUGAAAAACAUUUUCCAGCUUGUAGCCAUUUACUUAGCUUGUAACAUAACCACACCUAUUGCCAACCAUUUGAUUUUUUUUACUGUGGUCUCAACUGUCAUUGUUCUUUUUUAGAAUAUCUAGGAUACAUUCUUAGGUUUCCGAAGUUCGUUGAAAAUUUUCGCAUUGAAGAAUCUUCGACGGACUUCUGCUAGUUUUUUCAAACGAUUAUAUUCAAGCAUAUUUUCGUGUUAGCUUUUCUCAUACCAUUGCUAUCUCUAAAAGGAACCAUUUGAUACUGAUGAACUUACAGUUAGGGUUUUUUAAUAAAAAAAUCUCUAGUCCCGCUGUUUCUAUUUUUAUUUUCUAUCCGCCUCCCGUCCCCUCAGACUGCUUCGAAAUAGUUCCUGGUUGGGCUUUUAUGGAAAAUAGACGUGUUUACAGUGUUGCCAAGUGUUUCGAGACCGGUAGAAGCACAAAGUCUUGAUUUGAAUAGUUGUCGGAGUUCGAGUCACAGAAUUCGAGUGAGCUUAUUAAAGAGUUACAAAGAAGCACAAGAUGUGAUAUGGCACAGGUGGGCGGGGCGUAUCGGCCAUAUUUUCACGUCACACGGAGAGUAAAGGCAAUACUGAAUUUUCACGAAGCAAUUCCCAAACCUCAUUGUCAGUGUCAGAUUUGUCACAGUGAAUCACGUGAUGCAUUAUGGACGUAUGCGCAUACGUUUGCAAAAAAUCAUGCUAUCAGUGGACCAGACUAAAAUUCCCUGACGAAACUCAGCCACCACAAUUUUAUUGC